AUGGAGAGUGCAGUAUUAUUCCUCAGUAAGAAUGUCACAGAAUAUAUUCUAAAGCUUUCUCCAAUGGUCACUACUGAUAUUUAUACAAAACCAGGGACAGUCAGCGCUCACUGAGUGAUUGUAUUAAUAAUAGUGUAAGGCUGACAGUCAGCACUCACUGAGUGAUUGUAUUAAUAAUAGUGUAAGGCUGACUGUCAGCACUCACUGAGUGAUUGUAUUAAUAAUAGUGUAAGGCUGACAGUCAGCACUCACUGAGUGAUUGUAUUAAUAAUAGUAUAAGGCUGACAGUCAGUGCUCACUGAGUGAUUGUAUUAAUAAUAGUGUAAGGCUGACUGUCAGCGCUCACUGAGUGAUUGUAUUAAUAAUAGGGUAAGGCUGACUGUCAGCGCUCACUGAGUGAUUGUAUUAAUAAUAGUAUAAGGCUGACUGUCAGCACUCACUGAGUGAUUGUAUUAAUAAUAGUAUAAGGCUGACAGUCAGUGCUCACUGAGUGAUUGUAUUAAUAAUAGUGUAAGGCUGACUGUCAGCGCUCACUGAGUGAUUGUAUUAAUAAUAGUGUAAGGCUGACUGUAAGCGCUCACUGAGUGAUUGUAUUAAUAAUAGGGUAAGGCUGACUGUCAGCGCUCACUGAGUGAUUGCAUUAAUAAUAGUGUAAGGCUGACAGUCAGCACUCACUGAGUGAUUGCAUUAAUAAUAGUGUAAGGCUGACAGUCAGCACUCACUGAGUGAUUGCAUUAAUAAUAGUGUAAAGCUGACAGCGCUCACUGAGUGAUAGUAUUAAUAAUAGUGUAAGGCUAACAGUCAGCGCUUACUGAGUGAUUGCAUUAAUAAUAGUGUAAAGCUGACAGUCAGCACUCACUGAGUGAUUGUAUUUAUAACAGUGUAAAGCUGACAGUCUGCGCUCACUGAGUGAUUGAAUUAAUAAUAGUGUAAGGCUGACAGUCAGCACUCACUGAGUGAUUGCAUUAAUAAUAGUGUAAAGCUGACAGCGCUCACUGAGUGAUAGUAUUAAUAAUAGUGUAAGGCUAACAGUCAGCGCUUACUGAGUGAUUGCAUUAAUAAUAGUGUAAAGCUGACAGUCAGCACUCACUGAGUGAUUGUAUUUAUAACAGUGUAAAUCUGACAGUCUGCGCUCACUGAGUGAUUGAAUUAAUAAUAGUGUAAGGCUGACUGUCAGCGAUCACUGAGUGAUUGUAUUAAUAAUAGUGUAAGGCUGACUGUCAGCACUCACUGAGUGAUUGUAUUAAUAAUAGUGUAAGGCUGACAGCACUCACACUGAGUGAUUGUAUUAAUAAUAGUGUAAGGCUCACUGUCAGCACUCACUGAGUGAUUGUAUUAAUUAUAGAGUAAAGCUGACAGUCAGCGCUCACUAAGUGAUUGUAUUAAUAAUAGUGUAAGGCUGACUGUCAGCGCUCACUGAGUGAUUGCAUUAAUAAUAGUGUAAGGCUGACAGUCAGCACUAGCUGAGUGAUUGUAUUAAUAAUAGUAUAAGGCUGACUCUCAGCGCUCACUGAGUGAUUCUAUUAAUAAUAGUGUAAAGCUGACAGUCAGCGCUCACUGAGUGAUUGUAUUAAUAAUAGUGUAAGGCUGACUGUCAGCGCUCACUGAGUGAUUGUAUUAAUACAAUAUUAUUAAUACAAUCACUCAGUGAGCGCUGACUGUCAGCUUUACACUCACUGAGUGAUUGAAUUAAUAAUAGUGUAAGGCUGGCUGUCAGCGCUCACUGAGUGAUUGUAUUAAUAAUAGUAUAAGGCUGACAGUCAGUGCUCACUGAGUGAUUGUAUUAAUAAUAGUGUAAGGCUGACUGUCAGCACUCACUGAGUGAUUGUAUUAAUCAUAGUGUAAGGCUGACUGUCAGCACUCACUGAGUGAUUGUAUUAAUAAUAGUGUAAGGCUGACUGUCAGCACUCACUGAGUGAUUGUAUUAAUAAUAGUGUAAGGCUGACAGUCAGUGCUCACUGAGUGAUUGUAUUAAUAAUAGUGUAAAGCUGACAGUCAGCGCUAACUGAGUGAUUGCAUUAAUAAUAGUGUAAGGCUGACUGUCAGCACUCACUGAGUGAUUGUAUUAAUAAUAGUGUAAAGCUGACAGUCAGCGCUAACUGAGUGAUUGUAUUAAUAAUAGUGUAAAGCUGACAGUCAGCACUCACUGAGUGAUUGUAUUAAUAAUAGUGUAAGGCUGACAGUCAGCGCUCACUGAGUGAUUGUAUUAAUAAUAGUGUAAAGCUGACAGUCAGCACUCACUGAGUGAUUGUAUUAAUACAAUAUUAUUAAUACAAUCAUUCAGUUAGCGCUGACUGUCAGCCUUAUACUAUUAUUAAUACAAUCACUCAGUGAGCGCUGACUGUCAGCUUUACGCUCACUGAGUGAUUGAAUUAAUAAUAGUGUAAGGCUGGCUGUCAGCGCUCACUGAGUGAUUCUAUUAAUAAUAGUGUAUGUGACGAGACCAAUCUCGCCACAUUGCAUUGGAGAAGCCUGGUUGCUUGCCUGCUGCCUUUGGACUAUGGCCCCCUGUUAAAAGACAUCUUUUUUACCUGCAGAAAAGCUUCAUUCAUGCUUUUCUGCCUGGGGUUCGGUAGAUUUGUUUGAAUGUGUUAUACCCCAGAUCAGAAUCCCAUGGAGCCCAUUUGUAUGAAACUGACUGUAAAGACUUUGGCUCCAUGGCGAUUAAACUGUAUUUGUGUGGUCUGAGUGCCAUUCACUUAAUAAUGUGCGCUCAGACCUGAGCUAUCUGGGGAUAUGUGAAAUGUCUGUGUUUUAUGUAUAAAAGGUGACUUUAUGUAUUUUAAAGUGUUUUGUGUCUUUUUGCAACCAUGUGCUUAAUGGAUUCUUGUGUCUGUCCUGGGAGAUAAUUGAAUUACUUAUCUCCAGGAUAGAAGACUCUGAAACUGGUUUGGGCCGGAAAGCCAUGCUUCAUUUAGUCACAAAGGACUUUCCCUUAACUUUUGAACCCCUGGUCUUAUUCAUGCCAUUUUUUAAUAUGUUGUUCCCCUGAAUGGAUUGAUUCCAAAUAUGUAAUUUUAUGUGAAUGUGAUGUAUGGUUUUAGAGUUAUGAAAGUUGGGUAGAAAGUAUGUUUUAACUGUAUGUAUAAUUGAGUUUCCUCUCAGGAUAAGGGGAGGGAAUAUGUGGGAUGUAACUGUGAUGUGAUUGGUUGUUUUAUACCUCCCUGUGGGCGGUCCUGUAUUUGCAAGACUGUAAUAAAAACCAGGCUGGGUGUGCCAGCACCUCAGACCACUGCUUGACCCUCAACACGGAGCCUUGUCUCGUUCUUGGGGGGAUUCACUGUAUGCUGUUAGAGACUGAUUGCCAGGAGUGUAAGCCGCUUGGGAGCUUUUCCUGUUCGUCUGCUAGCAGCUAUUUGGGAGGUUCCAGUUCGGGAGUUGGAGUGCUAUUUUGUAUCCAGUUCAGGAGUUUGGUGUUCUGCAGUAGCUGUGCCUGCAUCUCUGGAAAGGGGGCCGAUCGCCUAAACGGUUUUUACCCCUUGUGUGCAAAACGGUCCGUUACAGUGUAAGGCUGACAGUCAGCGCUCACUGAGUGAUUGUAUUAAUAAUAGUGUAAGGCUGACUGUCGGCACUCACUGAGUGAUUCUAUUAAUAAUAGUGUAAGGCUGACUGUCAGCGCUCACUGAGUGAUUGUAUUAAUAAUAGCGUAAGGCUGACCGUCAGCGCUCACUGAGUGAUUGUAUUAAUAAUAGUAUAAGGCUGACUGUCAGCGCUCACUGAGUGAUUGUAUUAAUAAUAGCGUAAGGCUGACAGUCAUCUUUGAGUAAAUGUGACUUUGACAUACUGUGAAUUCUGUGUUACAGGCAUACUGGUCCUUGGGAGAGCAGCAGUCAUUCCAAACGAGUGCAAAAUCACAGAAGUGCUAAAUGACAAGCUGCAGUAUGAAAAGAGGUUAAUGUACAUGGCAAGUGUCAUCUGGUAGACAGUGUAAUAAACACUCGAAGAGUAGAAAGUUCCAUAACGGAUUCAUGUUAAGGAAUAGAAAACAGGAGAUAAAACCCUAUGUCCUAGAAGAUGCACACACGCAUACACAGUGACAGGCACAGAGUGGCACGCACUGAUACAUGCACACACAUACACUGACACAGAGUGACACACUGAUACAUGCACACACAUACACUGACACAGAGUGACACACUGAUACAUGCACACACAUACACUGACACAGAGUGACACACUGAUACAUGCACACACAUACACUGACACAGAGUGACACACUGAUACAUGCACACACAUACACUGACACAGAGUGACACACUGAUACAUGCACACACAUACACUGACACAGAGUGACACACUGAUACAUGCACACACAUACACUGACACAGAGUGACACACUGAUACAUGCACACACAUACACUGACACAGAGUGACACACUGAUACAUGCACACACAUACACUGACACAGAGUGACACACUGAUACAUGCACACACAUACACUGACACAGAGUGAAACACUGAUACAUGCACACACAUACACUGACACGGAGUGAAACACUGAUACAUGCACACACAUACACUGACACGGAGUGACACACUGAUACAUGCACACACAUACACUGACACAGAGUGACACACUGAUACAUGCACACACAUACACUGACACAGAGUGACACACUGAUACAUGCACACACAUACACUGACACAGAGUGACACACUGAUACAUGCACACACAUACACUGACACAGAGUGACACACUGAUACAUGCACACACAUACACUGACACAGAGUGACACACUGAUACAUGCACACACAUACACUGACACAGAGUGACACACUGAUACAUGCACACACAUACACUGACACAGAGUGACACACUGAUACAUGCACACACAUACACUGACACAGAGUGACACACUGAUACAUGCACACACAUACACUGACACAGAGUGAAACACUGAUACAUGCACACACAUACACUGACACAGAGUGAAACACUGAUACAUGCACACACAUACACUGACACAGAGUGAAACACUGAUACAUGCACACACAUACACUGACACAGAGUGAAACACUGAUACAUGCACACACAUACACUGACACAGAGUGACACACUGAUACAUGCACACACAUACACUGACACAGAGUGAAACACUGAUACAUGCACACACAUACACUGACACAGAGUGAAACACUGAUACAUGCACACACAUACACUGACACAGAGUGACACACUGAUACAUGCACACACAUACACUGACACAGAGUGACACACUGAUACAUGCACACACAUACACUGACACAGAGUGACACACUGAUACAUGCACACACAUACACUGACACAGAGUGAAACACUGAUACAUGCACACACAUACACUGACACAGAGUGAAACACUGAUACAUGCACACACAUACACUGACACAGAGUGAAACACUGAUACAUGCACACACAUACACUGACACAGAGUGACACACUGAUACAUGCACACACAUACACUGACACAGAGUGAAACACUGAUACAUGCACACACAUACACUGACACAGAGUGAAACACUGAUACAUGCACACACAUACACUGACACAGAGUGACACACUGAUACAUGCACACACAUACACUGACAGAGUGAAACACUGAUACAUGCACACACAUACACUGACACAGAGUGACACACUGAUACAUGCACACACAUACACUGACACAGAGUGAAACACUGAUACAUGCACACACAUACACUGACACAGAGUGAAACACUGAUACACUGAUGCACACAUACACUGACACAGAGUGACACACUGAUACAGCAUACACAUACACUCCACAGAACACUGAUACAUGCACACACAUACAUUGACACAGAGUACACUGAUACACACACACAUACACUGACACAGAGAGGACACUGAUACAGCAUACACAUACACUGACACAGAGGAAACACUGAUACAUGCACACACAUACACUGACACAGAGUGAAACACUGAUACAUGCACACACAUACACUGACACAGAGUGACACACUGAUACAUGCACACACAUACACUGACACAGAGUGACACACUGAUACAUGCACACACAUACACUGACACAGAGUGACACACUGAUACAUGCACACACAUACACUGACACAGAGUGACACACUGAUACAUGCACACACAUACACUGACACAGAGUGACACACUGAUACAUGCACACACAUACACUGACACAGAGUGAAACACUGAUACAUGCACACACAUACACUGACACAGAGUGAAACACUGAUACAUGCACACACAUACACUGACACAGAGUGACACACUGAUACAUGCACACACAUACACUGACACAGAGUGAAACACUGAUACAUGCACACACAUACACUGACACAGAGUGACACACUGAUACAUGCACACACAUACACUGACACAGAGUGAAACACUGAUACAUGCACACACAUACACUGACACAGAGUGAAACACUGAUACAUGCACACACAUACACUGACACAGAGUGAAACACUGAUACAUGCACACACAUACACUGACACAGAGUGAAACACUGAUACAUGCACACACAUACACUGACACAGAGUGAAACACUGAUACAUGCACACACAUACACUGACACAGAGUGACACACUGAUACAUGCACACACAUACACUGACACAGAGUGACACACACACACAGAUAUGCACUCAAAUACACAGACACUGAUAUAUGCACACACAAACACACACUGACAAACAGAGAGUGACAAACGUAAUGAUACAUACACACACAGGCACAACAUCUCAUUGUGUUCAGCGCCUGGACAUAUGCUGAUACUCCUACUCGCAUAUUUUCUUUUGCGAGUAUGCUUUCCAGCACAGUUGAGUAUACAGAGACAGGACAGGCCCAGGACAUUUCACUGCCUGAAAACAAGAAAGAAAAAAAGAAAUGAUGUAACCCCCACUCAUCCCCCAAAUGCUACCACACACUUCUCACAUUAUUCUUAUCCACUAAUCACACACAUAUGUACCUAGCCAACCACACCACAAACACAUUACUUAGCAUCGCGCUGGGACAGACACACACUGGCACAGACAAUCAUACAUACAUACAGACACAUACUAAAACACAUGCAAACAAACACUCAAGCUUUAUCUAAAUGUUUAUGUAACCUCUCCUCUCCAAGGGUGUGGAGUAAAAAUCCUGGAAUCAGCUGAAAAACAUUCCCUAAAUGCAAACUUAAAUUGUACAAGUGGUGUCUGCGUGAUUCUUGGGUAUGGGAGCAAUGCCAUUGAAUCUUGUACGUACGCAUUUGGUAGCGAAGGGUAGUGACAGUGAAGACUUCAAUCAUAAGCUAUGAUUAAGGACAUUGUAGCAUAAAACAUGGAAGUAAUUUAGAUUUUGGUGACUCAUGCAUGGUCCAAUGGCAUAUUUUUAGAUGAUUAAAUUAAAAAAACGCUAUACGGUAUAUUUAUCAGAGCUGGUUUUGUAGUUCUCUUCCUCUUGAUGCCGCUCUGGAAUAGCUGUUUUAUUCACAUUUUAAAACAUGAGGUACCAACGUCAUCAGCGGGAGCUGGACAUGAUACUUAGCUACCUGGCUACCUAGGCCCUGGGCAUCUGAUCAGCAGGAGCAGUGUAAUCAAAAUAUUUGAUUAUUAUAGAUUCGGUAUUUGUCAUCCUUUGCAUGUUUUCAUUCUCUAGGUAUUAAAUAAUGGGAAUGAAUUGUCACUUGUGUUAUAGUUCAGAUAUGGCUCUGAUAUCUGAUAACUGCUGUCUCUUUUCUUUUGUCAGAGUGAUUACUUUCCAUUAGAUUACAAGUUCCUGGUGAAACAUGAAGAGGUGCUACGCUGCCACAACAUCACAAACCUGGUAAUCCUCUCUGGCCUGGGUUUUGGGGGAACACACUGGGCGAGAUGUCAAAGUGCCACUGGGUGAAAAGUAGUUCAGAUUUGGAAACCGGACACCAAAAGCAGAGCAAAUGGCCAGGAAUAGCUUGUUUCCAUGGUGAUUGCUAUAUACUAGAACAACGUGGACUACAUCUCCCCUGAUGCUUUGCAACAUAAUGGGUGUAAGAGCAUUAUGGGAGAUGUAGUCCGUAACAUCUGGAGUGCCUACGUCUGUGCUAGAAUAAUGUAAGAUCCAUGCACACAGGUUGGUUGGCAGGGCCUGCAUUUAUUGCUCGUGUAGCUAAACAAACAAACCACGAUUUCUUGCCGAGUAGUUUCAUUCAUGUGCUUUCAUGAAUGGAAUGAUUUGCGUCUGCUGGACUACACUUCCCAUAAACCCCUACUGUCUCUGUUGGAAAAAUCUCAGCCUCUUCCUUGUACUUAAGAGGCAGCGGUUUUGCAGCAAUAGAGAGAUAUUUUCCAUCUUUAACACAUUAUUUCCAUUGUAUGACCUGCAUGUAAGCUCAGGCUUCUGUCCUCACAAAGAUCUGUCUUAGAAACACUUGCCAGCAGCAUUUAAUCAGAAAUAAUGUGUAAAAUGUCCGAAACUCCUCUCUCCUUGCAGAGAAACCAAGGGAUUCCAGUUAAGGAGUUACGUUACCUGUGGGGUAUUGUUAACGAGCGUAUCCUGUUUAAAAUGAAGUCAGCACUCCCUGGAAGACAUCCCUCGCUGCAGUACGUCACUGACCUUGCAGCCAUAUUUAAAGAGUUGCUGAAAAUUCGGCAGGUACAGACAAAGGAUUAGACGCAUUAACACUUGUAGGACACGUGGCAGGAAGUACAGUAAUUCCGAUUUUAAGCCGCUUACAAGUUAAACGAAACCUCUCCAAAAUCCUGGCAAUAAUCAUUGCAUUGAGAACGGCUGAUGUGGGGAUAAUCUCAGUUUUGGUUUUGGCAAUACUGCUGCAGUAAUCAGGUUUUCCCUAAACCUUUGUCUCUGUACUUUUAGCAGGUGAGUAAUGAAAUUAUUCUUGGGAUUCUCACGAGGUUGAAAGUACCAAAUGAUGUUGCCGAAAGGAAACCAGUCCGUCCCAAGGCCCUGCUUGAUAACUGCUUCAAAGUCUUACAUGAGCUGCACCGCGAGGAUUGUAGCCUUUCUAAUCCCAGGUCAGAUUUACUCAACGACACUUCGCACCAAUGUAUAGACAUGUUUGACUGAGAGAACUCUACAAGCAUUCUGAAUCUCUGGACUGAAUCGUGUUUGUCUGUUUUGUAUGGAUGUAAGUUUAAAUUCCAUCUGCAGUUUUCCAGUAAUGCAGUUUUGAGACGUAUAUUUUGCAAAUUUCACCCUUCCAUCCUUACUCCAACCAAGAUGUUUACCAUUAUCAAUGGACAGAAGAGCAAUAAGAGAUUAGCAGCAGUUGGGAUAAUUCUGUAUUGUAUAAUGUUAUAAGCCCCAAGCAGGGCCAUGCUCAUAAGACGUUCACAGUCUGUGCUGCUUCCUGGUGGCUCAUUUUCCAGAGUAAUAAAGUCUUUGUUGGUAAAGACAAGAAUCAUGUUAAAAAGACGUGGUGGUGUGUGGCAUAUUUGAAUACAUUGCUUCACGUAGCCACCGCAUCAAGUUACAGGGUAAAUUCAAAUAUAUGUGUAUUUAACAAUAUUAUUAUUAUUGGAUUUUAUGCGCCAACAAUAUUAUAAAAGUGAGAAAUGUGACCAUAAAUGAGACAAUUCAUUUUACAAGAACAAUGGGUCGAUGAGGACACUGCUCAGAUAAUAUCCCUGGAAUCCCCAACAUUAUAAUCAGUAACAAGGCUUUAAAUAUAUAACUGGUUGGUAAAAAAUAUAUAUAUAUAUCCACAUAAACACAUAAACUCUAAAUCCAACUGCAGCUCUGACAAUUGGUUAUAUGUAAAUAAAGAAUUUUAAAAAUCUACAUAAAGUGUGCCACUUGGCACCCACCCUAUAUUCAUACAAUAUCUAACAUCCAUCUCUUAUGCCAUUCACAUACAGCGCAAGUUACCCACAACACAAUCACACCCAGCACACACACACUGUACACAGAGCACCCAUCACACACAGCACACACAGUGUACACAGAGCACCCAUCACACACUGUACACAGAACACCCAUCACACACAGCACAUGCUGUACGUAAAGCACCCAUCACACACACUGUACACAGAGCACCCAUCACACACAGCACACACACACUGUACACAGAGCACACAUCACACACACUGUACACAGAGCACCCAUCACACACUACACACUGUACGUAAAGCACCCAUCACACAUAGUGUACACAGAACACCCAUCACACACAGCACACACUGUACACCGAACACCCAUCACACACAGCACACACUACACACUGUACACAGAACACCCAUCACACACAUCACACUGUACACAGAGCACCCAGCACACACUGUACACAGAACACCCAUCACACACAGCACACACUACACACUGUACACAGAACUCCCAUCACACACAUCACUCUGUACACAGAGCACCCAGCACACACAGCACACACUGUACACAGAACACCCAUCACACACAUCACACACUGUACACAGAGCACCCAUCACACACAGCACACACUGUACACCGAACACCCAUCAGACACUACACACUGUACGUAAAGCACCCAUCACACAUAGUGUACACAGAACACCCAUCACACACAGCACACACAGUGUACACAGAACACCCAUCACACACAGCACACACUGUACAUAAAGCACCCAUCACACACUACACACUGUACACAGAGCACCCAUCACACACAGCACACGCUGUACACAGAUCACCCAUCACACACUACACACUGUACGUAAAGCACCCAUCACACACUACACACUGUACACAGAACACCCAUCACACACUGCACACACUGUACACCGAACACCCAUCACACAGAGCACACACUGUACACAGAGCACCCAUCACACACUACACACUGUACACAGAACACCCAUUACACAUUGCACACACUGUACACCGAACACCCAUCACACAGAGCACACACUGUACACAGAGCACCCAGCACACACAGCACACACUGUACACAGAACACCCAUCACACACAUCACACACUGUACACAGAGCACCCAGCACACACAGCACACACUGUACACACUGUAAACAGAGCACCCAUCACACUGUACACACUGUACACAGAGCACCCAUCACACACUGUACACAGAGCACACAGCACACACUGUACACAGAGCACCCAUCACACACUGUACACACUGUACACAGAGCACCUAUCACACACUGCACACAGAGCACACACUGCACUUAGAGCACCCCCUUCACAAAAACAGGGGGGCAUGCUCAAUUAAUUCUGCUGAAUAUUGUUUGUCAGAUCAGUUACAGCAGGAUAACUGUAAAAUUACACAAAUUUCAUUGCAACAAAAUCAUUACCUGUAACUAUUUACAAAAUUAUUCCCUCCAGAAAACAGACAGAGUGUUACAGAGGUGCUGGAACUACAGGUGACUGAGGCUGAAGAACCUGAUUGGAAGUGAGUGGUCAAUAUGUAUUUUGUAGGCAGACCCCCAAUGAUAGUAAAUCCACACUUGUAAUGUAAUUCUGACAUACAGACGCUGUUAGGUGCUGUGUGUUUAGUGUUUCCUAUAGCCUUGCUGCCAAUCCUGUAUUGUAUGCUUAACCUUACUAAUGCCAAAGAGAGUAAUAGAUUUAAACCAUAUAUCAGCAUGGCAAACAUCAAUGCCGUGCUUUAAUGAAGGGCUGGCUCGCCAGUCUGUUUCUACGUCUUGCAGCAUGCUAUUGGCUCCUGUUACGGCUUGCUGGCUCUCCAAUCUGUUUCUACGUCUUGCAGCCUGCUAUUGGCUCCUGUUACGGCUUGCUGGCUCGCCAAUCUGUUUCUACGUCUUGCAGCCUGCUAUUGGCUCCUGUUACGGCUUGCUGGCUCGCCAAUCUGUUUCUACGUCUUGCAGCAUGCUAUUGGCUCCUGUUACGGCUUGCUGGCUCGCCAAUCUGUUUCUACGUCUUGCAGCAUGCUAUUGGCUCCUGUUACGGCUUGCUGGCUCGCCAAUCUGUUUCUACGUCUUGCAGCAUGCUAUUGGCUCCUGUUACGGCUUGCUGGCUCGCCAAUCUGUUUCUAAGUCUUACAGCCUGCUAUUGGCUCCUGUUACGGCUUGCUGGCUCCCCAAUCUGUUUCUAUGUCUUGCAGCAUGCUAUUGGCUCCUGUUACGGCUUGCUGGCUCGCCAAUCUGUUUCUACGUCUUGCAGCAUGCUAUUGGCUCCUGUUACGGCUUGCUGGCUCGCCAAUCUGUUUCUACGUCUUGCAGCAUGCUAUUGGCUCCUGUUACGGCUUGCUGGCUCUCCAAUCUGUUUCUACGUCUUGCAGCAUGCUAUUGGCUCCUGUUACGGCUUGCUGGCUUGCUACUCUGUUUCUACGUCUUGCAGCAUGCUAUUGGCUCCUGUUAUGGCUUGCUGGCUCGCCAAUCUGUUUCUACUUCUUGCAGCAUGCUAUUGGCUCCUGUUACGGCUUGCUGGCUCACCAAUCUGUUUCUAUGUCUUGCAGCAUGCUAUUGGCUCCUGUUACGGCUUGCUGGCUCUCCAAUCUGUUUCUACGUCUUGCAGCAUGCUAUUGGCUCCUGUUACGGCUUGCUGGCUCUCCAAUCUGUUUCUACGUCUUGCAGCAUGCUAUUGGCUCCUGUUACGGCUUGCUGGCUCGCCAAUCUGUUUCUACGUCUUGCAGCAUGCUAUUGGCUCCUGUUACGGCUUGCUGGCUCUCCAAUCUGUUUCUAUGUCUUGCAGCAUGCUAUUGGCUCCUGUUACGGCUUGCUGGCUUGCUAAUCUGUUUCUACUUCUUGCAGCAUGCUAUUGGCUCCUGUUACAGCUUGCUGGCUUGCUAAUCUGUUUCUACUUCUUGCAGCAUGCUAUUGGCUCCUGUUACGGCUUGCUGGCUCGCUAAUCUGUUUCUACGUCUUGCAGCAUGCUAUUGGCUCCUGUUACGGCUUACUGGCUCGCUAAUCUGUUUCUACGUCUUGCAGCAUGCUAUUGGCUCCUGUUACGGCUUGCUGGCUCUCCAAUCUGUUUCUAUGUCUUGCAGCAUGCUAUUGGCUCCUGUUACGGCUUGCUGGCUCGCCAAUCUGUUUCUACGUCUUGCAGCAUGCUAUUGGCUCCUGUUACGGCUUGCUGGCUUGCCAAUCUGUUUCUAUGUCUUGCAGCCUGCUAUUGGCUCCUGUUACGGCUUGACAUGACCAUGCUCAGAUUCUAUGUAAUCAUGCAUGAUGCUUACGUGUGUUAUUUUUUUAAACUUUUCAUCCCAGGUACAUAAACAAAGUGUAA